ACCCGUUUGACUAAGCUAUUUCCAGCCUAAAUUCUCAAUCUCUUCCCGCUCGCCUUUAAACCAAAAAUACCCGCAUCUCUCUCAAUAUCCCUGCGCCCGGCCUCCCCGCUUCCAACAUCAUCUGAAGGUGUGCUGCCUUUGUUAGAAGAUAUCCAUGGCUUUGGUGGUUAAAUUUCCCGUGGAUGUCCAAGUAGGAAUUUGUAACUACAAUUUUAUCAGCACAAGCAAGAGAGCUGGUAAUAGCUUUAUCAGAAGGCAAAGAUCUACGAUUAAAAUGUGUUCAUCCUAUUCUGGUGUGCCGGGCCAGAUCAUCGAGCAAAUGCCACCACCUAAGUCGCAGAGAAGUGCGCUUCCGAUAAUGGUGAAUGGUUGUACUGGGAAAAUGGGAAGAGCGGUUCUUGAAGCGGCAAUUUCUGCAGGACUUCUGCCUGUCCCUGUGGCUUUUGGUAGUGCUGAAGAUUCUGGGAAGAUAAUAGAUGUAGCUGGGAAAGAAGUUACAGUGCAUGCGCCGACUGACAGAGAAAGCACUUUAGCCUCAAUAUUUGAGGAGCAUCCUGAUUUAAUUGUGGUGGAUUACACAGUUCCUGCUGCUGUAAAUGCUAAUGCAGAAUUGUAUUGCAAUGUUGGAGUUCCUUUUGUGAUGGGAACUACUGGUGGAGACAGGGAGAGGUUGUAUAAGACAGUGACAGACUCUAGUAACUAUGCCGUGAUCUCCCCACAAAUGGGAAAGCAGGUUGUUGCAUUUCUUGCUGCUAUGGAAAUAAUGGCAGAGAAAUUUCCAGGUGCUUUCUCAGGGUAUAAACUAGAGGUGAUGGAGUCUCAUCAAGCGAACAAGUUGGAUAUAUCUGGAACUGCCAAGGCUGUCAUCUCAUGUUUUCAGAGAUUAGGGGUCUCCUUUGACUUAGAUCAGGUCCAACAAAUACGUGACCCCAAGCUGCAAACAGAAAUGGUUGGCGUCCCAGAAGAAUACUUGUCUGGUCAUGCUUUCCAUAUGUAUCAUCUAACAUCACCCGAUGAAACGGUCUCAUUUGAGUUCCAACAUAAUGUUUGUGGAAGAUCAAUAUAUGCAGAGGGUACUGUUGAUGCUGUUCUCUUCCUUGCGAAGAAGGUCAAAGCAAAAGAAAACAAGCGGAUUUAUGACAUGAUUGAUGUUCUGCAAGAAGGCAGUAUGCGUUGAAUUACUCUCGGUGCCCUCUAGUACUCACCUAGCGGAUUUUAGAAUAUUGAUGAUGAGAUACUAAUUUAUGCAUUUACUUGCUAACUAAGAAUGUAAUAACUCAGCCCGUGCAGCCUCCUUUUACUCAGCCCAUGCAGCACCAAGAUCCUUACUCCACUGGGAGUUGGAAUGAGAUCAAUACAAGCCAAUGAGAGUGGUCGAAUGGGUCCUUGUCAUUAAAAUUUGUUUCUGCAGUUUGAUCUUGAUAUACUAUUGUCCAGAGAGAGGGGUGUUCUUGUGCCAUGGAAUUGGUCAAAGUAUGAAGACCGACUACUGCAAUGUCUACUUCAUGCAUCGUUUAAGAACUUGUGAAAACUAUUCAAAUGUUAAUACUAGAGGGUAUUUAUUUCUGGAAUUACUAACGGAAGAAAUUUGAUUAUUUGAAAUAUCAUUAGAAUGAGAUAACAGAGCAUAUAUGUUGGACUAUUUGCAUACCCCCCC